AUGACAGACCCUUUCACAUCGCUCUUUGUGACGCCAGCGCAACUCCAUGCUGCUCUGGCCGAGGCUCGCAGCUCCAGCGGUCCUCGAGUGAUUCCGCUCGUGGCAGGGCGGAAUUCCAACGUGGAAUCCUUUGAGUCACAACAUGUUCCUGGUUCAAGAUUCUUCAACAUGGACCUGAUCAGAGACACUGCAUCUCCUUAUCCCAUGAUGCUACCUACUGCCUCGCAAUUUGCACGGUUCAUGUCUCAUCUUCGGAUCCGACCAGAAGAUAUCCUGGUCAUCUAUGACCCUCUAGAACCCGGCUUCUACUCUUCACCACGCGUGGCGUGGACUUGCCAAUAUUUUGGCCAUCACGCGGUCCACAUCCUCAACACGUUUCCAAAAUACGUGCAAGAAGGAUAUCCUGUAUCCUCGGGAUCUGUCCGGGAAUGCUUGACCGCACCCACGGCCGAACAUCCUGCGGAGAUGUCUUACCCUGAAAGACCCGUGCCGGACACGAACAGAGUCAUUUCAUUCGAAGAGCUAUCGAAAACGCUGAUGGAUCCAUCGCAUACUACGACGGCGGGAGAGGUCAAGUUGCAGAUUCUCGAUUCUCGACCUAGUGGUCGCUUCGCUGGCCCCGUGGAUACGGACUUGUCCGUCCUGCCCAGAGGUCAUAUUCCAUCGGCGGUGAAUGUGCCAUUCUCAUCCUUACUGGGUCCUGAGAAGACAGUGUGGUCUCCACGGGAGCUGGCAGACCUGCUGGUGAAGGCCGGGGUGAAAGAAGGUGUGCCGACGGUGGUGUAUUGCAACACUGGAGUGACGGCCGCGGGACUAGAUAUAGCGUUGCAGGCGAGUGGGCUCACACUCGAGACACGUCUAUAUGAUGGGAGCUGGAGUGAGUGGACCAAGAGGGCAGAUCCGAAGAGCAUGUUAGCUAGCACUGGUUCAUGA